AUGGCCAACCGCUUCUGGCAGGCCCGCUUCAUCCUUGAGUUGCUCAUCAUCGUGUGGAUGGCCACCCAGACCCUGCGCCUGAGCAGCGUGUGGGGCUACUCCUCCAUCGUCUUCCAGGACGACGUCACCGACUGGUCGGGAGCGGGGCGCAACUGCCGCGUCUAUCUCACCGUGGCUCUCGGCGUGCUGCAGCCCCUCUGCUGCCUGACCGCCCUGCUGGCCUUUGCUGCGGUCACUCGCUUGCCUGAGGACAGGGAGUCUCUGGGCGGCUGGAGGGCCAGCGGCAGCCUGAUCUUCACCGCCCUCCUGCUCACCAUCCCCAUCGCCCUGUGCCAGGCCGUGAUCGCCUGGCUGAGCACCUUUGUGACGCUGCCCGGGGGCGUGGAGCUGGAGGCGCAGCCCACCAGCCUGCUUGGCUACUUCUUCGCCGCCUUUGCGGUGGGCGGGCGGCAGGCGUGCGGCGGGGAGGCGGGGUGCACGCUCUGCACCUUCCCCGCCGCCGCGGUGAUCGUGCACCUGACCUGGCGCACCGCUUUCCUCCUGGUCCUCUGGCUCCGCGCGCGGCGGGCGAGGCGCGAGGCGCGCGACGACCUGCACCUGGCCGUGCGCGUCCGCGCUUUCCAGUGGGCGCUCUCCCUCCUCGUCGUGGGAGAGUGCACCGCCGCGGGCGUGAGCAUCGCCUUCAACCCCUUCACUUGGGGCAACCAGGCCUGCUGGCUGGCCUUCUUUGCCUGCCUCGUGGCCCAGGUCUGGCUGCUGGGCUGGGCGGUGGUCACGCGGCCCCUCCACGACGCGCACGCCCUGAACAAGAGGGUGGCAUUCUGGAACGCAGCGGCCGAGGCCGGCGGUCCACCGCCCAGCCCGGAGGGCCGCCUCAUACGGGCCUGGGCCCAGCGCUCCGACGGCGGCGGCGGCGGCCAGCCCUCCCCCUUCGGCCCCGUCACCCACUCCGCGCCGCCGAGGCCCCUGUCGAGCAGCCUGUCCCAAGCCAGCGCCACGCUGGGACCGGGGGACAGCAUGCGCUCGCUGCCGUCCUUUGCGGCCGAGCCGCCGCCGCGCAUGUACCGGACCUGA